AUGGCUCUCCUGCGCCCUCUGCUGACCGCCCUGGCGCUGCUCACCUGCCGCCCUGGAGGCUCUCUGGGCUGUGCCCUGCCUGGGAGCCAGGCGCAGGUUAGCAGGGACAACUUGGUGCUCCUGGGCCAGAUGCGGAGACUGUCCCCUUUCUCGUGCCUGCGGGCCAGAAAAGACUUCCGCUUCCCCCGGGAGAUGCUGGAGGGCGGCCAGCUCCGGGAGGCCCAGGCCGCCGCCGCCGUCCUGCGGGAGCUGCUCCAGCAGACCUUCAACCUGUUGCACACGGAGCGCUCCUCGGCGGCCUGGAGCCCCGCGCCGCUGCACGGACUCCGCUCUGGCCUCCACCGGCAGCUGGAAGCCCUGGACGCCUGCUUGGUGACUCCUCAGGAAAGGGUAGGAGUGGGGGAAGGAAGAAAAGCCACGUUCCCAAGUUUGAUCUUGGCCCUGGAUCAUGGCCAGCAGGGGACGAACUUCCCUGUGAGGGUUUUGUUCUCCCACUCAGUAAACUGGGUUCCCCUGUUUCCCUUCAAGUUCAACACUUAG